CUCUUACAAAGAGCUCAGACAAUUAAUAUUAAUAAGCCAUCUUCAAAUAUUAAUUAAAAUGAACUGAUCGGUUUGAAUUGUUCAGUUCACAUUGCGUCAGAACCUCGUAAACAAUGCUAAUUUCCCCCCCUUAUUUUCCAGCUUCGCAAUGAAAACUAUUUUGAAAGAAUCAUGGAUAUUGUUUCUGCUUUAUGAAUAUGUGAGGGCCACAGAAGUGACCGUGUCAUCCCAUAAUAUAGUCUCCUCACAGGGCAUGCAGGUUGCUCUGCCCGUAUUCACCUGUCAUGCCAAUCACAAGAACUACAGCCGUGUCCUUUGGUUCAAAGACUAUAUCCUCCUGAGGAACGGAUCGGCCUCCUCUCUUUCCAAUCACAUGUAUUCCCUCUCUUCUUCCUCAGAGGGUAUAAAUCCCCUUACAUUACAAGGGUACUUCUGGUGCGAAACAGACGUUCCAUCCAUUGUCCAUAAAUACCUUUUCACCAUCAAAAAAGUGAAUACCACGGAGAGCAGAACAGUGAAUACUUACACGGGCAAAAUUCUUUCCUCUCAAGUCUUCAAAGGAGGAGAAAAUUCAGAAAAAUUAAAACAAGAUUACGAACUAGAAAUGGAGAACAUUCUUUUUGGGUUUUUACCUAAACCCAAUACCUACGUUAGAGAUAUUAAAAUCAGACCGAAAGGAGUCGAAGUAAGUUUCUUUGUCUAUUCCCGCCAAGUGUUGAAUCCGAGGAAGCGAGAUCAGGAGGAGUUGAUGGAAGAUGAGGAGGAACUAGAUCAUAUCCUGGAUAACAUCAGCAGCAGUAACGAGGAGUGGAUGGAGAAUCGAAAGAUAGAAGAUAUUGUUCUGAGGAGCACACUUGGCUGCUAUUCGGAAGUAAUGGUCGAUACUCCGAAAAACAUUUCGUGGCCUUAUGCCUAUAGGGGAGAGAUUGCCAUCCCCGAAGAAAGCUGCUCAUCUAAAAAUGGCCUUGCUGUCACUCGGUUGUGCAUUGGUUCAUUUUACUCUGGUGCAAGAUGGGGAAUGGAAUCCGGAAAAUGUGAUGUGGAACCCAGCAAUCUCACCUCUCAACUUAUGCAGAUACGAGACAGUGCAACACAGACAACGGAAGACAUUGAAAAAGUAUUAGAAGGUGCUCACCUGAGCGUCACAGACCUGCAUAUUUUAACUGGCAUUCUCACAAGAUUAUCGAAUAAAGUUCUUCAGUCACAAGAGACUAUUUCGACAAUUUUCUCGAUCAUCGAUAGCAUGUUGGCUAAUACUCAAAAAACUGAACUAAUAUCAGCAAAAAACACGAUUCGUUUUACUACCAGAAUUCUGAAGAUCAUCGAUUCUGUUCUGAGGUCGGAGAGAAGAGAAUUAGUUUUGAUAUCGAAAAAGAACAUUCUAGCUUAUGUCAAGUCCACGGAGAAAGAUCACGUGAUUGGGGCCUCCAUUAUUUCGGACGAUAGUGUGGAAUACUUAACGAAUCGCACGCAGAUAAAGGGCGAGGCGGCCUUUUUCCUGCCUGAGGAUUUAGUGUCGGAGAGGGAGAGAGACUUGCCUUUUCCUUGCCACCUUGAGAUGGUCUUCUUUAAAGAAUGGAUUCUGUUUCCCAAUCCGAAAGGAGUUCUUCUGAAAAGAAAUUACAAAAUUCUAUCUUCUCCGGUACUUCUUGCGUCACUUUCUGGCGGACGCGCUUGGAACCUCUCUUCACCCAUACACCUUUACUUUCGAACGGGUGAUGUGGAAGUGGAACAUCCAACGUGUGUCUAUUAUGACGUCAAAAAAGAAGAGUGGAGUACGGAAGGGUGCGAAUAUGUCGGUCUAGAAGAAGAUUUUUAUCACUGCCAAUGUCAUCAUCUCUCUAUCUUUUCUGUCAUUUUAUCUGUUAAUCCAGAGAAAAGUGAUCCCCCCUCUUACAGAUUGGGAACUGCCCUGCACGUGGGAUUAAGUUUUUCUAUGAUUGCUCUGGCUUUCUCAGCCCUACUCUACCUUCUCUCCAAGAAAUGGCGAAUGACAGUCGAUCACACCAUCCUGUUCCAUUUGUCUUUGAGUUUUUUGGGUUGCCUUCUCAUCCUCCUCUUGAGCGAGGAGAAGUUUUCUUGGGAGAAGAGCUGCUUCCUCCUAUCCUUGAUGCUCCACUACUUUCUGUUGGCAACAUUUGGCUGGCUCCUCGUUCAUGCAAUCGUUCACAAGAUGAGAUUUGGCAAGAAAACGGAUUUGGAAGAAGUACCUUACUUCCAGCUGAAAGCUGCUAUUUGUACUUGGGGCUCAGCUGCUGUUAUCAUAUUUGUCAUAUGGUUAACAAGAUAUGAUGAGCACUACAACUUAAAGAGCUGUCUGAAGCCAUUGACGGAGGUAUCGAGGGCGGCUGUCAUCCCAAUUGUUGUCUUGGUGCUCGUGACACUCUGCCUCAACCUGUGCGCAGUCUACGCCAUAACGUGCCGUUACAAGAAGGACUACCUAUUAGAAAACUCAUCCUACCAUGAAUCCGUCAUCAAGUUCAGGGUGGCCUUCACCAUCUCCUUCCUUUUUGUUAUAUCCUGGCUGUUUGGAUUGUCCGCCCUGCAUCAUGAAUAUAAGGAAUUAAGAAUCCUUUUUAGCAUCUGCAUCGUUCUCACCACCUACUACAUGACUCUAUUUUUUGUAUUUCAAGAGACCAGCUUUUGGGAGAUGUGCCAGAAAUGCAACAAAAAACAAAGUGAUCAAAAUAAGGAAGACGUAGUUACCUUCACCACCAAACCAGCAGAAUAAAUGUAUUUAAAUCUCAAUAAAUAUAAUUAAAGAAA